GACGUGCUUCUUCUCCGUCUGUUCGGGUUCCCGUCGCGCCUUCUCUCUCCCAGUCCGUCCCCAUCGCGGCUGGGCGUCGUUCGGCUUGCAGCGACGCUCGCCUCCCCGAGGGCAGCUGCGAUGCGCCUGAUCCAGAACAUGGGGACCAUCGCCGAGUACCCCCAGGCAGGGAGCACCCUCAGCGGAGAUAGCUGCGGAUCGGGCCGCCCCCGACUCAUCAAGAUCGCCGUGGUGGGAGCCAGCGGGGUGGGCAAGACCGGUAAGAGAACGGGACGCGCGGGGCUGAUCCUGGCGACAUGGAAAGGCGUGCGCGGGGGGCGGGGGUGGACAUAGGCAUACUGCAAGGACGCAAUGAAUAUACCAAUAUUCAAGGGGGGGGGGAAUCCUUCCCCAGUUGUAGCAAAAGGGCGGGGCGGGAAAUAGAAACGCCCUGGAGAGUCCAGAGGGAGCAAACCUACUGCCAUUGUGACAAUCUGUUUGCCCGGUCCAAAGUAUGGUUUGAAUAUGAGGAUAGCAUCCCUGCCAGCGAUCCAAAGCGCUCACCUCUAACUUGGGGAGAAAGAGACGAUGGCUAGCUAGGUAGCAGCAUCCUUCUUCUCUUAGGUAAGCACCUGCUGCCAGAUCAGGAAUGGAUGAAGAUCAGUGACCAAACAAAAGCUCUGACACCCCCUGCUGCCCAAGCCUGACAUGUGGACGCCUCAUUAAAAGGAUAACACCCACUCCCUUGAAGAUGCUUCUGUAGUUGCAACUUUCAUCAUAGCAGUGAAUCCUUAACCUGUGAGGGGUGAAUGAUAUUAGAAGGUGCCUAAAUGCCUGUUCCUUCAGACUGAAAGGUGUAUCAUGGAUGACUGCUCACAGUUCCACUCUUAAAAGUAGUUACUCAGGAGUCAGCUGCAGUGGAUUCUGUAGUAGGAUGUCUUUCCCAACAGAAUAUGCUUAGGAUUGCAGCCUUUAAUUUGCUUGACUGCUACAUCCCAAGUUUUGAUGGCUGCUGCUACUGCUAGCCAAAGGUAACUCUAGAAAAAGAUGCACUCCCCCAAUAGCCUAUUGAAACGCUUUCCCUGCUCGGGUGUCCUGUAUGUGGAGUUAUUGGGUAUGCAGACAGAAACUGGGGGAGGUUAUUGCCCUUAAACACCAAGUGCAGAUGACAUUGUGUCUUCUGCUUUCCCCCCUUUCUAACCUGCACCUUUUUUUAUUAUGAAUUGCAGCCCUGGUGGUGAGAUUUCUCACAAAACGGUUUAUUGGAGACUACGAACGCAAUGCAGGUAAGAAAUGAGCCUUGCUGUAUUCACAGGUGUGCACUGCAGUGUAUUUUGAUCCAGCGACAAACUCAAUGAAGCCUUUGGUGUCUCACUUCCAGAAAGCUAGUCUGUACAAUGGGGAUUUCACUAGGCAAAGUCACUAUGCAACGCUGAAACCCAGGUGUCUGGCCAAGUGUUAUCAAGAGGACAAAAGGAAUUUAUACACUGACCUACUUUAGCUAGCACAAGGCGAGAACUGCCCCGUUUUUAUUCUCACUGCAGCCACAUUGGGGUGUCAAGCCCCUCCUCUAUAGUUUGACUUCUGAAGUUUAGUUCUCAUUCACCAAUCUGCUACACACACACACACACACACACACACACACAUUAGAAUGAAACAAGUUCUAAGCUAAAGGAGGUGGCUUCAGUCCUAUAACCUUUUCCCACUCCUAUAUUUAUGUAAUCAACUUAUUUAUGCAAAUAAGCUUGAAUUCAAAGCCAAGUAGUUUGUUAUUCAUGAAGAACAGCAGACACACAAAAUGAGGGCUUUCCAAGAAAUUUCUGGACCACAUGUGACCACAAAGAGGGUGGGAAUAAUCUUCUAUAAUGCAGAUAAACCAAACUAAACUUAAGUUUUCAGUAUAUUGGGGGUGUGUGUGUGUUUAGGUGGCUCUCCAGGUGAUGAUGAGAGUUUGGGGUCCAAUCAAGAUCUGGAUGGCCACAGGUGCCCCAUAACAAGGUGUACACCCAUCAAAGCAAUAUUCCAAUGUCCUGUUUUUGCUGUAAUGAAGAUGCAGUUUUAUAUUGAAUGCAUUUAUUUCUUAGCAUUCAUUUCAUUCUCCCUUACACAGGCUGCCUGUGUACUUUAAAUCUACUUGCACAUAUUGUAGAUAAGCAUUUGUAGCCACUUGGAAAGGUAUGCAUUUGCCUCAGCUUGAGCCAAUAGUGUCAAGACCAAAUAUAGUUGAUCUAGAAUCAAUUGUGACAAAGCCUUUAAAGUCUCUUGUAUAAAAUGAAAAUGAUCCCCCCUUCCCAUUAAUCAGACACUGUAGCUAAAAUAGGAGUGUGUGUGUGUGGAGGGCAGGACACAUCAGUGGCGUAGCGUGGGUUGUCAGCACCCGGGGCAAGGCAAGUAAUUUGCGCCCCCUAACCCAUGGAUUUUAGCAGGGGGCAGAGAGCUGAGAGUGCGCCCCCAGAUGUUGCGCCCGGUGCUGCCGGCCCCCCCUGCACCCCCCACGCUACGCCACUGGGACACAUUGAUUUGAGGGUGGUUGUUUUUUAACAGCAGGCUGAUUUGAGUGAAAAAGUUCUGUGACCACGCAAGAUCCCACAUUGUCAAGGAAGGACAGCAUGCUCCAGUGUGGAACGUUGAAAUCCUGCUAGUUCCAGUGUAACUGAUUUCAAGCACAUCCUUAACUUUCUUCUUGGACUCAGUGAAACUUAAAUGAGCUUAAGUUUGGCUAGGAAUGUGCUUCCCGUAAAAAGGGGCUAGACAACUAACUUUUUCCAAAGGUUAACUCUGCCAAGAGGUUUUUAUGUAGGUUUGCUUCAGCAUUUUAGCUUUGUAAGUGAAGCCAAUUACUAAGAAUUCUGUUGUGUGGUUUUUUUGCUCAUAUACGCCAUGCUUUGCUGUGUUUAGGCUGUAAACACUUACCUGGGAGUACAUCCCACUGAACUCAGUGGGAUGAAUUUCUGAGCAGACAUGGGCAGGAUUGUACAGUCAGUCUUUCUUAUGAUGAAAACACCAUCUGCCUAAUGUAGCAAAAAUGCCACUUUUUUUCAACAAGUCACAGAUCCAUCUCCACUAAUGAGCUUUUUUCCUUUUCAUUGUGCAGAGGUUAAUGAAUGUCAGUUUAUAGUGCAUGUACAACCCCCUCUCUGAACUUGUCUGAUGAACUGCAUUUUUAUUUCUAGGUAAUUUGUACAGCAGACAGAUCGAAAUUGAUGGAGAGUUGUUUGCAAUUCAAGUCCAAGAUACACCUGGAGUACAGGUGAGUUAUGUUCCUGUGCCUUGUACCACUUUAAAGGGGAGCUUCAAUUUUGGCACACUUCAAGAAGUUCAUUGUUACAUAUAUUGAUUCAUAAGAAUCCCAGUAGGGCUUUACUUCCAAGUAGAUGUGCAAGGAUCGUAGCUGUUUGAAUUGGGAGCCUAGCUGCAUUGAAAAACUGUUUUGUUGCUAUUAACUAGAGUUGUAAACAGUCAGACCUUGAUAAAUGGUCUGUAUAUCGUCCCCUGACAGUAAAAGAAAACAAUCCACAAUUUCAGCUAAACUUUUGUCUACUUGAAGACACAACCAUCGUGUUUAGGAAACCUGCCUUUCUUAAAAGAAAGGGGGGAAAACACGAAUGUGUUAAAAACAGUUCCUUGGCAAACUAAGAAACACUUCAUUUUUAUUAUUCUACUAAAGUGCACUGGAAAUCUGGAAAGAAAUUUCAUUGCUAUAGCCUAAUCAACUUUAGUUUCAUAAACACAUAUGCAAAAGAAACUAAAAGUCACAGCCCUGGCAGCUGCACUCAUUAAAAUUUGUUAGGAGUUGAGUUUAUAUUAUGGAAAGUUUGAACGUAUAGGCAUGAGUAAGGGCAAAUUUUGCCUUUUUGAACUGGGCCGUUCUCCAACUUUAAAUGUUUCCAGCUCAUACCUUUGUUCUUUUCUCCCCACUCCCGACUCACUGUCUAGCCAGUUAAUUUCCCAUUCUACGGCACCACAAAGUCUUUUUCUCGAGGCAGGGUACAGCUUGAAUAUGGCAGACUUUGCAAUAAUUGAGUGUAGCAUUUUUUAUUUUAUUUUUUUGCAACUGGACUAACAUGUGGAAAUGUGGAUUAAAAUUUUAGAGACAACAUGCAAUAAUAAACAUGUAAUGGACAUUGUAAGCUUUCCUUUGCAGCCAAAUAUUUCCCCUACUUAAUCUUUUUUUCUCCCCCAGGUCCAUGGACACAGCCUUGACUGUAAUGAGCAACUGAACAAAUGUAUUCGCUGGGCAGAUGCAAUUGUGAUAGUCUUUUCAAUCACAGACUAUAAGAGUUAUGAACUACUCGGUCGCUUCCACCAGCACAUACGGCAGCUGCACCCAGGAAACAGAGUGCCUGUGGUGGUUGUAGCAAACAAAGCAGAUCUCCUCCACGUUAAAGAGGUAGAACCACAAAAUGGACUGCAGUUGGCUGGCAUGUUGGGUUGCACUUUCUAUGAGGUGUCUGUCAGUGAGAAUUACAAGGAGGUCUUCAAUGCCUUCCACAACCUCUGUAAAGAUGUCUGUAAGCAACAAACCACCAGCAGCACGCCAGAGAAGAGGAGAAGCUCUCUCAUUCCAAGACCAAAGUCACCCAACAUGCAGGAUCUAAAGAGAAGGUUUAAGCAAGCCUUAUCUGCCAAAGUGAGGACUGUCACAUCUGUCUGAAAGAUCAAACUAAAUGGGAUGGGGUUUCCCUCCCCUUUCCCAGUGCAUAUUUCUAUAGUUCCAGCUUUGGAACGUUAAUUGCUGGUACUUCAGCAUCCGAAAAUCGUGCGAGAGAAAGAGUUCAGAUGCACAUAAAGCAUUUUGUAAUGAAGGAGUAACACUGAAGCUUGAAUAAGCCCCCAAGGAAGUGGUGGAGCGUAGAAUUUCUUGUUGCAAGCGCAUCUGAUUGACUAAAUGGACAAUAUUUUCAUGUUCUGCUGUGGAAGUUAGGUCAUGUUGGUAUUUGUAUCAUACUUACAUAAUGAAGGACAGGGAAGAAAUAUUCUGAAUGCAGUCUUACUGAUGGGGAACAAAUUGUGUGUUACAUCCAUUAGCUAUAUUUUGGUAUUUGGUGGAAGGCUGGCUUCUUUAGUAGUCUUCAAUGGAGCCACCUGCUUUUUAAAAACCCAUGGUUUUGAACAGGGGUCAGCAACCUUUUUCAGCCGUGGGCCAGUCCACCGACCCUCAAGCCAUGUGGUGGGCAGGACUAUAUAUAUAUAUAUAUAUAUAUAUAUAUAUAUA